AAUCCGAGAACCAGCAAUCUUCAGUUGACACUUCUCGGAGGCCAAUACGGCAAGCAGCACAAACUCUCCGGUUCUUAUAGUCCUGAACAGGACCUGGGAUAACAAUGUCUCUAUUUGUGUUGGCGGAGACGCCAGCAGGCUACGGCCUCUUCAAGGCGGCCGACAAGAAGCUGCUCAAGCGUGAUGAGCUAACAUCUGGUCCUACCUCUUCGGAGAAGAUCAACGAAAUGCUCAAGUUGAAGAAGUUCGCCAAGUUCGACAGCUCGGCCGUUGCCGUCGAGGAAGCCAGUGGAUUGAAAGAGGGCAAGGUCCCUCCCAUCCUCGCGACCCUGCUCCAAGAGAUGAAGGACGAGAAGAAGGCAUCUUUGAUCGUGGCUGAUCUGAAGCUCGGAAACGCUAUUGGAAAGCUUCCCGACCUCGAUAUCAAGGCUGUCUGUGACGCCGCGACCAUGGACCUCUUUCGUGCCGUUCGGGAAAAUCUGUCUUCUCUGAUUCCGGGUCUCGAAGAGGAAACCAUCGGCCGUAUGGCUCUUGGUCUGUCGCACUCCAUUUCGCGCCACAAACUCAAGUUCUCUGCCGACAAGGUCGAUGCCAUGGUCAUCCAAGCCAUCAAGCUGCUCGAUGAUCUUGACAAGGAGCUGAACGUCUACGCCAUGCGCACGAAGGAGUGGUACGGCUGGCACUUCCCCGAGCUGGCCAAGAUUCUCAAUGACAAUCUCGCCUACGCUCGCCUGGUCCUCGCUGCCGGUAUGCGGGAGAAUAUCGCCGAGUGUGAUCUUAGCGAGAUCUUGCCUGAAGAAUUGGAGGCCGCGGUGAAGACAGCUGCUGAGAUCAGCAUGGGCACGGAGAUCACUCAGGAGGAUCUCGACAACAUUCAACUCCUGGCCCGUCAGGUCAUCACCUACUCGGAUUAUCGGACCCAACUGUCGUCCUACCUGGAAACGCGUAUGCGUGCGCUUGCACCCAAUCUGACAAGUCUGGUCGGUACGCUGGUUGGAGCGCGUCUGAUUGCGCACUCUGGUUCCAUCCUCAAUCUUGCGAAAUCGCCCGGUUCCACCAUUCAGAUCCUUGGUGCUGAGAAGGCACUGUUCCGCGCCCUGAAGACGAAGCAUGAUACGCCAAAGUACGGUAUCAUCUACCACUCUUCGCUUGUCGGUCAGGCGACCGGAAAAAACAAGGGCAAGAUCGCUCGUUCUCUGGCUGCCAAGACUGCUCUGGGCUUGCGAGUUGACGCUCUGCACGAGUUUGAGGAUGGUGCCGACGAGGAGGAGAGGGGUAUGCUCGGCCUCACCAGCCGUAUCAAGCUGGAGAACCUUCUGCGCAAACUUGAAGGCAAGCCUCUGCUUCCCAGGGGUGCCAACAUCGCACCCGAUGGCUCGCUCACUGCACCGGCCCAGUUCACUUUGAACGAAGUUCGAAAGUACAAUGCCGACGCGGAUGGUAUCGCCGACGCGUCCGAGGUCAACGGCAAGUCGAAGAAGGACAAGAAGGAGAAGAAGAAGGACAAGAAGCCCCUGAUUCAAGAAGUCGAAAUGGUGGACGCCGACGGCGCUGAGGCCGACUCGGAUGAGGACAUGGCUGACGGCGGUGAAAAUGGCGCCCCCCCGAGAUCCCCAACCAUCUCCUCCGUAUCAGACGACACCGAUGGCGAACGUCCCACAGACAAGGCUGCCCGCAAGGCACAGAAGGCCCGGCGCAAGGAAAGGGAGGCGAGGCGGCAGAAGAAGGCCGAACAAGACGAGAAGCGCGCCGCAGCAGCUGCCGCGGCAGCCGCUGAGAACGCCUCCAAGAAGGCCGAGGCUACCCCUUCGAAGAAGGCUGCGGCCACACCUUCCAAGCUCACCGAGGAUGAUUACGAGCGGCUGGCGGCGGCGGCCGGCGUCAGUGUCACCAAGUUCAAGAGGAAGUUUGAGCGUGGUGACGUCGAACUUAACUCCGAUGGCUCGCCUGUCGUCCACAGCAAGAAGGAGCUCAAGAAGCUGCGUAAAGCCGAAGCCAGCGGGGACACACCCAGCAAGGCCGCUGCCACUGACGGUGGCAAGAAGAAGAGGAAACUCGAGGACGGGGAAGACGAGACGCCCAAGAAGGAAAAGAAGUCCAAGAAGAAGCGCCAGUCCUUGGAUGCUUAACUGGAAAGCCUGGUUCAUGUUUCGUCCUCUCUGUAUGAUACCUCGAUGGGUUUAAAACGUAUUUGGCCGGCGUUGGGCGGAUUGGUGGACGGUUUUUGGUUCAGGGCAUGUGUUAACCCAGUACUGCCAUUUCAGAGCAUUUUGCUUUGUAGUUUGUUGAAAACCCUCGUGUUUAUGUUGUUGCCAUAAUCAACUCGGAUAUGUUACGACCUUCGCAACUAAGUACGUAAAAGAAGUCGAUCUUAAAUGAGACGACGCAUUCUAUGGGAGGAC